AUGUUUAGUAGGAACAUUAGAGGGUUCACUAGAAGAGGAGUAUACAACCAUUUUAGGUCUAGUGGUAGUAAUAUUAUCCACAGACCUAUUACUCGAACCUCUUUAACUCAAACAAGAUCAAUAAAGUUAUCGGCAUCUCAGCUCAGCGCAGUUAAAGGAUGGGGGUUCGUCAUAAAUAUAGUGGCAGGAGCUUAUAUUGGAGGUUUAUUAGUUUGCUUUGGUCUGUUAUACUUAUUAUACCUGGAUGCAAAUGAUAGACAACGCAUACCGUUUGAACUAAGCUUCAAGAAUCAAAUGACUACGGUUAAGGCUAUUAACAAAGAUGAUGUUUUAAAAAGUCCUAGAUACGCAGUGAAACAUUAUAGAAGAUUGCUAAUUGAAUUGGCUAGAGCAGAGGAUCCAAACCUAGAAUUUGAUGAACACUCGGAACAGAACAGAUUCAUGGUGCCGAUCAUUAACUCCUCGGUAUUAGUUUACGAGAAGUCCAAUGAUUUUGCCAAUUUUUAUAUUGACAUUGUAUUGAGGUACGCAAAGUCUUUACUUGCAAAAGGGGAGUUGGAUACGUCUAUAUAUGUGUUGAAGGAAAUAAUAGACGAUGAUGAGCUCUUCUAUAAACUUGGGGACGCAGAAAGAUUAUCACAGUGUUGCAGAUUACUUAGCAAGGUUUGUCCCAGAAAUGAAGAUAAAGAAGCAUAUUUAGAUAGAUCUAUUGAUAUGUUAAGAUCUACGUUUUCGUCAAUAGUUUUAGAUGAAAAUUACUUACUACAAGAUAACUCUCGGAUUACUGAUGAAUUAGUGUCAUGCUUAAAUGGAUUAGCGUUUACAUUUGCUAAGGCCAGUCCUUCGCAGGGCAAGGAAAAAGACUUAUAUUUACUGAAAGCAUUAAAUAUAUAUUUGGCAAAUCUUAAAAAGUUGAGCCUGGUUCAACGGUCCAUAACAAACUCAGAACAGACACAAGCUAGCUACCCAUUGUUCAAUUGUGAUCUAAACAAUAUAAAAAUGGUAAUAGCUGAGAUUAAAGCUCAUAUCAGUGAAAUUAUGUGGGCAAGGGGUUAUAAGAAAAAUGCAAUAUCCUGGGGUGAAGACGUAGUAGAGGAUAUUUAUUUUGCUCAUGGUAGUGAAACAAGGGCAUCACCUAUAUUGAUAAAUGUUUUACGUAAUUUAAUUAUAAUGUAUGAGGACAUCAAAGAUUUCAGGUCAAUAAAGAGAUGUGAAAAAUUGCUAGGUGAAUUGUCGGUUUUCGAAUUAAAUGAAUCUUCAUGGUAUGAUAAUAUUGUCAAUCGUUUCUGCAAGAUAAUUUAUAAUAAAGGCCCUCUAGGAAUAAUAGAGAAAUCAUUGUCAGAAAGAUUUGGAAGCCCUCAACCUAUUCUAGAGAUUGAAGAAUUUGAAGAUGAAGAUAAGGAAUAG